GAGUGCAGUGGCUGUGUUCCUGGAGACAGAGGAGGAGAAAGUGUCUGAUUUUGGAGGGGUCUGCUUCGAAAAUCACGUCUCACCUUGAUCUUUCUUUUUUAUGAAAGGAGAAGGAAACCCUUGAAGCUACUUCUGCAAGAACAGACAAACACAGGCUCAAGUGGUGGGACUGGAUCUAGAUUUGCAUGGGUGACAGAAGCUCCUCUCACUGAUCUGGAUGUGUCAAAGAGGAGGGACGGUUUGUGCUGUGAGCUCCUUUUGAAAUGACUCAAGUGUCGGGUGUGAACACAAGACAAGUGAUCGAAGGAGGAAAAUGAUGUUUACAGGAGUCAGGCUGCUUUCAUCUGAUUUUAUUCGUUGCUCUUAGGAAGUUUUUCCAUCAAAUCUCUCCGCCUUUCAGAUAAUCUAAUUUGAAGCCAUCCACCGCACCUCGGCGUGUCAGCUUCUUCAUUAUCAAAGUUGAUCUCAGCUUUAGAGAUUUGUUGUAAAAAAUAAAAUUUGACUGGUCAAAGUGCCGUCAUUCACUGUUUUGUAAUCAAUCGUAAGACAUUUUAACAGAUAUUUAUUUUCAAAAAUUUAUAAAUAUAUAAAUAUAUCUUUCUAACUGAGAGGUGAACAUGGCGAUCAACACGGAUGCCAACUUCCAGAAAUCCAGUUUGGGUGAGGGCGGAGGAGGCGCUCCGCCGCCAGACUUCCAGGAAACUGAGAAACUACUUGCAGUGACCACUGAGCCUGGAGGGAACCAGAUGAACAUGUCCACUUCCUUCACGGUCAACGUGGGCAGCGACAAGGGUCUGGAAGCCGAGGAGAACGGCCACAGCGUCUCCGUGAGAUCGGGCUCCACCGGGCAGCUGGCCGCCUCCGCCCCUCUCUCCCCUUCCAAGGCGAGUCUGAGCCGCUCCUCCACCGGCAACGCAGUCCAGGAGACCCCGAAGCCCCGGGAUUACCUCAUCCUGGUCAUCAUCUCCUGCAUUUGCCCCGUUUGGCCCAUCAGCAUCGUGGCACUGGUGUACUCCAUCAUGUCCAGAAACAGUCUCCAGGCGGGGGAUAUAGACGGGGCCAGGAGGCUGGGUAAACUGGCUCGUCUGCUCAGUAUCUCCUCCAUUGUCUUGGGCGUGGUCAUGAUCACAGUCUACGUCUCAGUUUCAGUUUCCAAAUGAACUCGCGAGACAUGAUCUUUCAGCAAGUAAACAAAUGAAAAACACCAUUCAGAGAUGCAUGUAUUAGAAUCUGGUUAGCAUUUGCUUGACAAAAAUAAUGAAAAUCCUGAUGUAAAUCUGUCAGGUUAAAACAGAGGAGGAAGAAAAUGCAGAUUUGUUUGUGGUCAGAAGGAACCCCGUGUGUUUCCCAGUGUGGAACGUGGACUUCUCUCAAUGAAGACAAUAAUCUGUGUAUGAGGAGAGAGCAACUUUCUCUGUAUGUGAUGGAGCUUCUUUCGAAAAAUGGAUUUGGGGUUUGGUCUCCAAACUUUGGACAGCUGCAUAUAAUCCUCAUAUAUUCCUUAUCAAAUCUUUUGCAUUCAAAGCAUAUACAGUUACAAAUAUAUUUGAAAUGUGGAUAGAAAAAAAUUACAUAUAUACAUUGUAUAUGUACAUUUUAUAUAAUGUUUGUAUGCCAAGCGGUGCUGGGUUUGCUAAGGCUGUCAUAGUGGCUGAUUUCUCAGUACCUGGAUGCUCAGUGGAAACUCAAAGGUUUGUGAAAGUGGGCAGGGGACAUAAUUGUUUUUAUUUAUUAUAAUUUUUCAUUGAAAACAAAAAAAAACCAAGACCAAGUGCAUGCCUGAAUGUAGAUCACCGAACCUCUGCCUUCAUUUUGACUGUUAUUUCCAUGUUUCUUACCUUUUCCAGGAGUCUAGCAGGUUUGCACAUGUGAGACUGUUUUGUGUACAUCUAAUUAUUUACCACAAACAUGACUUAGUCUCAGCUACACCUUCAGGUGUUGUUUCUCCUCACCAUGUUCCCUUAUAAUUAAUUUUACGUGUGUGCAUGCACGCGUGCGUGUGCACGUGUGUUUGCUGCCUUUCUACACCAUUGGCAUUGUUAUACAAUGACUGUUAAAUGUCACUGAUUGUUUCACUGAAUGUUUUUUCCAGCUUGUUGUAUUGGUAUAAAAUGUAUUUAUAUAGGAAAAUAUAUAUGCAAUAUGUACGCAUGCUAUGGGCCAAACAGGCUGACACAAACUUCUUCUUUUUUUAACAACGAGCGGGUCUAUAAGUUUAACUUAGUAACAAUGAAAAGCAUUUAAACAAAAAACACAAGCAUUCUGUAAAGUUCAAGCCUGACAAAUUGUCUGUAUUCAUAAUUUUAUCAAAGAGAUGCAGUUUAUUGUUCUGCCUGUGGAUACACAUAACAAGUAUGUUACAGUGACAUGUACCAGGCUUGUGAGCAGAGAUAAAAUUCAGUAACACUAUGUUGCAUUAUUCAGAUCAUUUGGAUAGAUUUUGGGGGCAAUAAUAUUAUUUGGAUGGCUGGUUAAUUUACAUUUUGUAUCAUUUUCAUUUUGAUAAGUUACAGUGCUUGUUUUCACUUGCUCAUACAGUUCAAACAAGUGAAACCUUACAGCUAUAUUAUGCUGCUAAAGUGAUACUACCAAGUCCUCAACAUCAUCAGUGAAAGGAUGUACAACUGCUAACUGUCGAGUUAACAGACUUUCAAGUCCCCGUUCAUACUCGUGGUUGUACAAAAAGUCACUUUAGCAAAACAUUCGAAAGCAGCAAAAUCCAAAGAUGCCCUACUGUUUACUUAGUGCAGGCGACAGCCCUGCUGUUUUUCUUACAUCUACAUUUUUCAUCUGGAACAACUGGCGAGCACAAGCCAACUGUCAGUAAAACAGUUCAAACUUUUCCACUUCAUUUCCGUGUAUUAAUGUGUUUCCUUUCCAGUAUAUUGUAUGUGCCAGUUCACCUCUCUGUGGUGUACAUUUUGCAUGUCAGGAAUAAACAUUACCAUGCAUGGUCCAAGUUGUGCCUUCUCAUAGUAACUUCUAAUUCAACAUGAAUUGUGUUGACCACAGCCAUGCUAGCAGCUUUCUGAGUCUGUAGUCUAUAGAUAGCAUGUUGUUUCAGAUAAAUGUAAAUAUUCCAAUAAUUAUAUCAAUAAA